AUCGGAUGGCGAGGCACACCACGAUGAAGAAAUUGAACUUUGUGAAAUAAGUGACGGAGAAGCGACAACGCAAACUAGGAUAUCAAGACCAGUCACUGGGAUACGGAUAUUUCAAGCAAUCCCUAAGCGUUUCAUAAUUUUAGUUAUGAUUGCACUGGCUAAUUUCAACAUGUAUUGCAUAAGGAUGUGUGUGAACGUGACCAUUGUAGCAAUGACGCACGGAGAAGAUGACAAGCAUAACACAACGGAAUCUCGUUUAUCAAGAGACGAGGAGCCAGAAUUCCACUGGAGCACACAACUUCAAGGUACAAUUCUGGCGUCCCUUUACUGGAGCUAUACUGCUCUUCAAAUACCGGCAGGAUUGCUUUGCGCAAAGUAUGGCAGUUCAUUUCUACUUGGUAUUGCAAUUUUUGGCUCCUCGGUUCUUACGCUUUUCACACCACUGAUCGUUAGGGCGAACGUCAGUGCCUUUAUAGUACUACGGGUACUGGAAGGUGCAUUCUUGGGUUUGGUGGCGAGUUCAAGCAUUGAUUUAAUAAGCAAAUGGUCACCUAUUUACGAAAGGAGUAUUUUCGUCACCGUUUCAUAUGCAGGUCUUCUGUGGGGAACAGUUUUGCGAACUCAAUAA